UGAGGCAUUCUCUAACAGGUUCUCGACCCUCCGCCAUGGCCCCGUGGAUGCAUCUCCUCACCGUGCUGGCCCUGCUGGCCCUCUGGGGACCCAACUCUGUUCAGGCCUAUUCCAGCCAGCACCUGUGCGGCUCCAACCUAGUGGAGGCACUGUACAUGACAUGUGGACGGAGUGGCUUCUAUAGACCCCACGACCGCCGAGAGCUGGAGGACCUCCAGGUGGAGCAGGCAGAACUGGGUCUGGAGGCAGGCGGCCUGCAGCCUUCGGCCCUGGAGAUGAUUCUGCAGAAGCGCGGCAUUGUGGAUCAGUGCUGUAAUAACAUUUGCACAUUUAACCAGCUGCAGAACUACUGCAAUGUCCCUUAGACACCUGCCUUGGGCCUGGCCUGCUGCUCUGCCCUGGCAACCAAUAAACCCCUUGAAUGAG